GCAAAGCCAAGAACUGAAAAUGGCGGCAUUCACGCCCAACGGAACCGUCUUCCCCUUCAGUUCAGUCUCAACUUCCUGUCACAUGCAAGGUCGCGUUGCUGUGUGCCGUUGCUGCUGUUGAAAGGCCACCACCCACCGAUGUCAUCACGCCUUGCCGCAGUUGGGGUAACGGACCAGGGCAAUGAGCUGGGGAGCCCGGUGCAACCACCUGAAGCGCAACGCAGGACACGCGCCGGCUGAUUCCCACUCGCACUCAUGGCCGGGCAUCCGCAACAGCCGAAAUUUCUGUUCUUCACAAACACCGAACCACUGUCAUUCGUCUGUGAUCGUCAUCACUGGAUCCUAAACCAAGUCCAGCCCAGGGUAACGUGCCACCUCAGCCACCGAGUACCGGUACAGUUUCUUUUUUUCCUGCUUUGCACAUCUCUUUCUUUUUUUUUUUCUUGCUGUCAAGAUACCUCUACCCUUCUUUUUCCUGGACCUGAUCCCUCCAUAUCCUAUCGAUUCGGCAGAAGAGUCAAGAAGAACCAACACUUACCAAUCAGAAGCAUCAUUACUCGUCUUGAUGCCACCACGGGUUUCCCUAAUUUGCUGCCUUACUUGACUAACGAACCCGGUCCAUCUUGGUUACAAGUCACCUAUCCCCGGCCCCCCGGUCACCUGUCCCGCCUCAGCUCAGCCUGGAGGUUGGAGCCCUCCCAUUCUUCCACUUGUCAUCUUUCAAAAAUCCCGCCAACUUUUUUCUGAACCCUUUCCCCCCGGCAAGCCAUGCGGUGGAGUCAUUACACUCCGCCGCAUCGUCUACAACAACUUUCACGCUGGAUUCCUUCGCCCAACACGUAGCGUCCUUGUUUUCCCGAAACCAACAAAUACACCACCGACACCAACAACCCGCUACCUCUCCCUGUA